UGUUCACACGUAGUGGACGUCUGCUACCCUUCUCUCUGUGCUCGAUGGUGCACACAGGAGACGCUCUGUGUCGGUCCUCCGCGCCGUCUCGAUGGUGCUCCUAGCUGGUCCUGCAGCGGGUGAAGUGAGGAGGAGGAGUGGGUGGAGCUGCGGCUGCUCGCUCCUGCACACCAGUCGUUUCUUCUUUAUCCACUUCACGCAUCUUCUCCUACAAAGCCUGGAGGAGCCCGGGCCCGGCAAUGGACUCUCAGAAAGAAGCUUUGCAGCGGAUCAUCACAACACUUGCUAAUAAAAAUGAUGAAAUUCAGAAUUUUAUUGACACAGUGAAUCUUGUACUGAAAGGUGUACAGACUAACUCUACCAAAGUGCUGUCAGACUUGGAUGAAGAGUUUGAUAGCCUUUACUCCAUGCUAGAUGAGAUGAAGGAGAGCAUGACAAACAGUAUAAAGCAAGAACAGGCCCACAAAACCCAGGAGUUACAGAAUCAGCUGUCCCAAUGUACAAAUGCCCUGGAAAGCUCAGAAGAGCUAUUAGAAUUUGCUUCACGGAGUAUGGACAUAAAGGAGCCUGAGGAGUUUUCCAAGGCUGCCAGACAGAUCAAAGAUAGAGUCACAAUGGCUGCCGCUUUCCGUCUUUCACUAAAACCAAAGCUCAGUGACAAUAUGACACAUUUGAUGGUGGAUUUUUCCCAAGAAAGGCAAAUGCUCCAGUCCUUAAAAUUCUUGCCAGUGCCUAAAGCACCAGAGAUAGAUCAAGCAGAGUGUAUAGUAGCUGAUAAUUGUGUGACAGUAGUAUGGAGAAUGCCUGAAGAAGACAACAAAAUCGACCAUUAUGUUCUGGAAUAUAGGAAAACAAAUUAUGAUGGAUUGCCAAGAGUUAAAGAUGAGAGGUGUUGGGAGAUGGUUGAUAAUAUAAAGGGAACAGAGCACACACUUUCUGGCUUGAAGUUUGACUCCAAAUUUAUGAACUUCAGAGUACGAGCAUGUAACAAAGCUGUAGCAGGGGAAUACUCAGAUCCAGUCACACUGGAAACCAAAGCACUGACCUUUGGCCUGGACAACACAUCAUCUCAUCUUAACUUGAAGGUGGAAGACUCAUAUGUAGAAUGGGAUCCAAUGGCUGGGAAGAGUCAAGAAAGUAAAGUGAAAGGAAAAGAAAACAAAGGCAGUGGCCAUGUUACCUUGAAGAACAAUCCCAGAAGUGCAACUCCAUCACCGAAGAGAACAUCAGUCACUUCUAGGCCAUCAAUGGGACGAGGCAGCAGAGAUCGGUUCACAGGAGAAUCUUAUACAGUGUUGGGUGACACAGCAAUUGAAAGUGGGCAACAUUAUUGGGAAGUGAAAGCUCAAAAGGACUGCAAAUCAUACAGUGUGGGUCUCUCAUAUAGAACAAUUGGCAAGUUUGACCAGCUAGGAAAGACGAACACAAGCUGGUGCUUACAUGUGAACAACUGGCUACAAACAACAUUUGCUGCAAAGCAUAACAACAAAGCUAAAGCCUUGGAAGUGGCAGUACCAGAUCGGAUAGGUGUAUACUGUGACUUUGAUGGAGGUCAACUCUCAUUUUACAACGCAGAUACAAAGCAGUUACUGUAUAGCUUUAAAACAAAGUUUACACAACCAGUUCUCCCUGGAUUUAUGGCAUGGUGUGGUGGUAUCACAGUAUACACAGGACUACAAGUUCCAAGCGCUGUCAGAACACUGCAGAAGACUGAAAACGGAAUGAGCGGCUCAUCCAGCAGCCUAACCAGCAUUCCCCAAUAACAUAACACAUUAUGAUGAUAGAAUGAAAAGUUUACUCUGACCUGAGUGGAAUGCUAGUUAUGUCUUAUUUAAUUUAGUAACAUCAUGGUUGCUGUUCAUCAAAAGCAGAAGCAAACUGACCUUUAUGGGAUUAUUUGCCUGCUGCUCUGAAGCUUGCAAUGUCCUUGGUGCCUGACUAUGCUGCUCAGAUCCGAUGUUAGCAUCUGCUGCAAAUGAUUUCACAAGAGACUGAGUAAAUAGUGACUAGGCAAACAGAAAAUAUGCCAUACUUGUAGGUUGCCUGUUAUUACCAUGGAUGCAACCUGUGCAAUUUACCAUAGGCAUAUUCAAUGACUUGAUUUUUUACUUCCACUUACACCCACCUCUGUUCUUUAUGGGUGGGAUGCAGUGUUCUGUAGAACAAAUGUAAUUUUAAAAGGACUGUCUCAAUUUUAAUUUGUUGUAGAUAGGCUCAGAUUGCUGACAUGAUUGAUUCUGCUCUGUGUUUCAGUCCCCUUGGUAAUAUUCAAAUUGGAAAACAAAUCUGAUUCAUAUACAGUACUACUUUUGCAGGCAACCAUUAUUGAAAUUACCCAUAAAUAUUGAAUUUGAUUGACUUGGUGCAUAGCAGAGUGGUUGAAGGAAUAAUUUUAUAUUGGACCAAAUUGUGCUGAAGGUCUAGGAAAAGCAUUUUCGUCUGGGAUAAAAUUCCAGCACAUAUGAGAUGUUUCUUAGAUAUGACAUCAGUAUAAUGAUUUGGUAACACAUUUAUGUAUUUCUAAUUAUUGAUUCCAAGGCUCUUAACCACUUUUCAACCAUCCAUAGAAUAUAGACAUCCAGGUUUAUGGGCAUGUGAAAAUGUGUCUGGUCAGGAAAACUUCUUUUAAGAACAUUUGUCACUUAUUUUAUGUGAGAAUCAAGUAUAGUCUUUGAUAGUGGAUGUGCUUUGUUCAGGAAAUCGCAGUUUGAAGGUCCUGUCUUUCUCUAAAUGAGUCUCUGUUAGUGGUGUUUGAAGACUUGUUAAGUGAGGGCUUUGACUGUUACAUUAACAGAUGGCCAUAUUGUGGGACAGUCAGCUGUCAGUGUGUGAAAAAGCUGCUUAAUUGUGUUUUCUAAGAUGGCUGAAUAGGGCCAGAACCCCUAAUGAAUACAUUUUUUACAUUCACUUUGACUAAGAUACACUCAUGAUUCAGGGGAAUCAUAUUAGGGUAUUCUUAAAGUGUACCUCGUGUGAUCCCUUCAUUUACAGGCUGAACACAAUACUAAUUUCAGUAUGGGGCAAAGUAAGAGGGGACUUGAAUAACUGCAACCUUUGCUUCCUUUCUGCUGAUGUCAUUUAGGGAAGAAAUAGAGUGCCCAUAUGCAGGAGUUAUUAGCAGUAUGGCUAAAAUAUCUUACCAAAACAGGAACUUACAAGCUGUUUGAGUCUGUAGGGAGACGUUGUUGGCUAAUAAAGGUCUGUGAUUACAGCAGCCUCAGCACUGAUUUAAUUAGGCCUGAACCACAGAAGUGUACUAACAAGAGGGAAAAUGACCUAGUAGGCUUGUACACAGUGACCAUACAUGUAUCUGCACUAGAUCUCUAACAAGGUAAUUAUUAAAAACGUUUUGUUUGAAAAUUAGGGGCAAUGAGUGGUCUGGAGGCAGAGUGCUCUUUCAAUGUAGAACUCUUUAAAGGAUUGGUCCAAAAAAAAAAAAUUUGAUGACAGAGGUAGACGUUCACAUUUAAAGAACAUCUCCUGAAGUAAGCAUUAAAUGCUUAGUAUCAUUAAAGAAAAACUUUUAACAUGUUGCUCAGACAUACAAAAGUAAAGGUUGCAGCAGCACUCUGCAAAUGCACAUGAGCGCUGUUGAUAUGGAACAUUCUAAAUUGCAUUACUGCUAUAGUAAUUAUAAGUGUAAAUUUGAAGUGCAAUUGUACCUCCUAAACAGCCUUCCACAGUGCUAAGCAUAGGGCUUUGUAAUAGCUUGGCACAUACACCCUUCCCACUAUAUGAUUCACUUUACCGCACAUCAGACUCCUAAGAAACAGGGUAGGUGGGAUAGUUUUUUUUUAAGAUGGGCAGACCCAUGCCUGCACAAGCACUGAUCUAGCAGAUCAGCACUGCUAAGCCUUUUACUCUGCUUGAUGAUUGUGCGACCAGGGCCACAUGUCUAAUCACUGGAAUUUGUUUGGCCCUUUACAUACAUCUCUGGCGGCUGCACAUCCCCUGUUUAAAGGGAGUUGUGCAACUGACUAGCGAUGAUUUUUAGGGCCACAGAAUUCCAGCAGUCAGUCGAUAUACAUGCAAUUGCACAUUCAUUGGCUGAUCACUGGGACCUUUACACACCGUAAAAUCUGGUCUAUAAAUGCCUGUGUGAAAAGAUUUUUAUUUGACAUUUUUGCCACUUUGUCCACUUUGUAGUUGCGUAGUAGUUCAGCUUUAAAGGGGUACUCCGGAUAGCAAAAAUUAUUCAUAUCAUUUGUCUUUUCAUGGCCACAGCAACUGUAUUGUAAUAUACACUUACUAUCUGUAUUGGGCUGUUUUCCCUGUUGGAAUAUACUGGGGAAGACAUAAAUGAAGAUAGACCUGCCAUCCUCUGUCCACUUUGUCUCCUUCCCCCCUCUAGAGACAGAGAUCAUGUGACACUUUGUACUGGCUUUCAGCAUCCUCGGUUGUCAUACUGACAAGCCACGCCCCCUUUCUGACAUCGUCCAACAAAAUCACCCCUCUCAACAGUUUCAGAAGUGAGGACUGCGGGGAAUGUAGUUUUACUAGGGUGUGCAGGAGAAAGGAGCAGAGAGAAAACGGAGCAGUAGGCAGAGGAGGAAGGUGCAUUGGGGAGCAGUGAAUGGUGCCAGAAACAAGCCAGGGGGACUGUAAGUACAUUCCACACCGUGUGGAGUCCUUUUUUAUUUAUUUAUUUUUUUAGGUCCCCCGGGUAACCCCUUUAAUAGCAGUUCAGAUGAGCUAAGCUAAAGGGAACCUGUACUGGUGGCAGGUUCCCUGUACAGUCAAGUACAUGUUUUUAAUGAGCACAGAAAUAAAUUAUUUACAUUUUACCAACAUAAGACUAAAUUCGCGCUGCAUAAAACUUCCCGACUUGCCAAUCGUUAAGAAAAUUACGCACGUAUAAUACAUCAGGAGUUUUUACAUAGUGUGAACUAAGAUGCAUUAAGACAAAAUAAUGUUGUUUUGAUGUUCCACAUUAUAGUGAUCUUUUGUAACAAAGUCAGAGGAGUCAUAUCUCUGAAAUCCAGCCUUCAGUUACUGUAUAUAAAAUGUGUCCAUUGUGUACGUAUGUAUCUGCUAUGACAUAUAUACAAGUAUGCAAACUGUAAAAUGCCUUUGGAAAUCUUUUCCAACUUAAUCUGGUAAUUAGAAGAAAAGACAUGUGUUGUAAAUACACAAUUACAGACAUCAAUGUACAUUUUUCUUCCUUUUAAUCCUCUUGUGUAUCUUGCUUUAUUCAUUUCCCUGGCACUUCUUAUUUACUUUUUUUUUUUUAACCUUCCAUGUUUGUGGUUUGUGGGUGUUAUCGCUAGUUUUAUAUGGAAUUAUCAAAAUUAAUCCACAAAAUCAAUCAGAUUAUUGCCACAAUAUGGCAUGCACCCAUCCCCAUGUACAACCAAGGACUCUACAAUAAACUCGGAUAUAAGUGAAAAGAUCACGGCACCAGUGUAUUGGAAGAAUGUAAGAUUAUUUUAUGCAUCAUUUACCAGCUCAAUGUAUUCCACCCAAUAUUAAUACUGUAACAUACACAUUUAGGCACACAAUACGAAUAAAUUACCUUCUCUAAUA